AUGACGCCGCCUCAGGAUGCCACGCCGAAGCCCCCAAACUAUGCGGCCAACCUGGAGGCCCCGAUGACGCUGCCCAAACAGCGCGCAUCGCCCGCCUCGUCGCUCGCCUCCCUGCCCGUCCGAAGAUCGAACCCGAGCCUGUCGAAACUGUUCGAGUCGACCACGAGCCUGUCCACGUCCAGGCCCAGCUCCGGCACCGCAACACCAACUGCCUCUGUAGUGCCCGGGUCCGUCUUCUCGCCUGGGCCACGGCUGAGCGGCACAGGCACGCCCAACAGCCUGCCUGCGGGCGUCUCGGACGAGCACAGGACGCUCAUACAGCGCGCCUUUGUGCCGCACAUUGCAGUGCUCGCCGAUGCGCAGACCGAGGAGCUGGUGCAGGCAAAGGGCAUAGAUGGAGGUCUGCUGCAACUCCUGCGGCCCUUUGCCGAGUCGGUGCCGGGCAAGGUCACCAUCAGAGACAGCAUCGGGGCUAGCAAGAGCUGGGACGACUUUGGCGUGCGCUUCAUUGCCGUGGAUGAUGCCUACCCAGAUCUGCGCGGAGACGCAGGGGCAGGCCAGAGGACGUCGACGAGCUCCAUCCAGCGGAGAACACGAAGGACAGGUGGCGAUGUGGCCCAGGUGGAAGAGCUGGUCGACCGCCAUCUGCAGUAUUCCGAGUUCAACCGCCAGGAUCCCGUGUCCGACUACCUCAACAAGGGCCAGCUGGCACCGCCGACUGAGAGUACAUCGUCCCCUUUCCACACCCUAUACCUGCGUCGCUUGCUCUCCGGACUGCCUGUCGUGCCUCACGAGACCUUCUCACAUCCAGUCGCUGGCAUCAUAGCCAUCAGCUCGCGGAACCCUCACCCCAUCGAGGAGCUACGACGCCUGUACAACAGGCAACAUGAUGGUGAUUUGCGCUUUCCGCAAUGGGUCGAGAAUGAUUUCCUACGCUACUAUGUACUCAUACACGACGAAGAAACGGGCGACAUUGCCAAGUCGAAUCAAACCUUCGACUCGAUGAAACGCCAUUUCGGCCUGCACUGCCAUCUGCUUCGACUCAAGAGCCAGCCCACUAUACCCUCCGAUGAUGACAGCGUGCGUGUGCCCACAUGCGAAUGGAUGUCUGCUUCGGAAGAGCUAGCAGAGAUCCAGAAGCGAGAAACAACCGACGACAUUACGGAUCCCACGCCAUAUCUGCCUGACUCCGACAUAGGUAGUCUGCGCACCUUCAUCCGCGAACUCGUGACACAAUCCAUCAUCCCAAACAUGGAGCGCAGUGUCGCAACCUGGAAUGAGCAGAUUCUCUCUCGGCGGCGAGGGCUUUCAGGCCGCUUCAUGUCACUCAGCAAACGGUGGACGCCAUUUGGCAGCUCUCGAAACAGCUCGUCUUCGCUCACCGCCUCGUCCAACUCGAACUACGACAGCCUCCAAGGAUUCUAUCGCCCUGAUUCACCAGAAGCCAUCAUGAGACGGUUAGCAGACUACUGCUUUAUGCUUCGUGAUUGGAAAUUGGCACUUAGCACUUAUGACAUUCUGAGAACAGACUUUCAGAAUGACAAAGCGUGGCGGCACUAUGCUGGCGCCGCAGAGAUGGCUGCUCUAUCUGCGCUCAUGGCCCCGACGCCUCUGUCGUCAAAAGCCCGAGCAGAAAACAUUGAUGCAUGGAUCGAAGCCGCUUCCUACUCUUAUACUGAUCGCCAACGUAGCGCAGCACCAUACUAUGCCUUACGGACCCUUGCACUCUCCUUUGAGCUCCUACGUCUCCGUGGCUCAUCAGCAGCCGAUGAUGCAGCACGCUGGGCAACGCGUAUACUCGAAUCCGGGCUUGUCGGCGCAAUUGGCCACGCUCUCAUCACAGAACGUAUAUCAGCUUGCUACUCAAUACGCACAGGUGUCGGUAUGUACAAGCUUGGUAGCCGUAAACGAAAAGCCGCCUUCUGGGCUGUUCUUGCCUCGGAGCACUGGUGGCGCCUCGAGAAGUCCCUGCAAGCCGAAAAAUGUCUCGAUUCUGCGUUGAAUUUAUACAAUGUACACUUGGAGAGCCAAACAGGCGCCAAGAACAGUGUGGCACUUCCCACUGAGGAGAUGCAACGAUUUGUGGACGACUUAAGGCAGCAGAUCAUGGGUCUCCGCAUGACAAACCAGGGUUACGGUAUGGAGCAAGCAGGCUACAAUGAAGACGACAUACAAAGCCCUGAGGUCGAGGAAGCAACCGAGACUUUGGACACGAGCCCACGGCUACAUAGGAAGUCGCUGAUAGGGGCAGCGGCACCGUCACUCGAUGGUGGGCCAUUGAGCCCGGCGCUUGAGAGGCCGAAAGAGCAACUAGAUCCGAGAGGCGAAGGGUUUGAAUAGACAGUUGCAAGUAAUACGAGUCGUUCAGCGAGUGGCUGACUAGCAUGGCAUUGGCGUUAGAAUUAGUUGGUAGAUAAUGCAGCAAUGUAUGACGUCCGCAAUGAGGGCAGCCAUU